AUGGCCUCCGAGAGCACAGCCGCCUUCUGGGCGAAGACCGACAAAUAUUUGAUGUCCACGGGGGUCCCUUACUCUCCCGUUAUCAUCACCAAGGCCAAGGGCACGAAGCUCUAUGAUGCUGAAGGUCGUCAAAUCUUGGACUUCACGUCUGGUCAAAUGAGCUCUCUCCUGGGCCAUUCACACCCGGAAAUCGUUGAGGUGGUUCAGAGGUAUGUCGCUGAGCUCGAUCACCUGCUCAGCAAUAUGAUCACUCAGCCUGUCGCCGACCUUGCUGAGAGAUUGGGCAAGCUGCUGCCCGCUCCUCUGGAAAAGUCCUUCUUCUUGAAUACCGGUUCAGAAACCACAGAAGCUGCCAUUAAGAUGGCAAAGCUCCACACCGGCAAAUUCGAAAUUGUCGCCAUGUCAGCAAGUUACCACGGCCUGACUUCAGGUUCCGGUUCCGCCACCUACUCCGCCGGCCGAAAGAACGGCGGCCCCGCAAUGCCGGGCCAACUCGCGUUCCCGGCACCUUAUGCCUACCGCUCCAUCUUCCGCACGGCCGACGGCGCCUACGACUGGGAGAAGGAGAUGGACUUCGGCUGGUCCAUGAUUGAUAGACAGAGCGUUGGGUCUCUGGCGGCGUUCAUUAUGGAGCCGAUCUUGUCUACGGGUGGCAUUCUUGACCUUCCCAAGGGCUAUCUCAAGCGUCUUGGCGAGGAGUGCAAGAAGCGCGGCAUGUUGCUUAUUCUCGAUGAGGCGCAGACUGGUGUAGGCCGCACUGGCCAGAUGUUCGCUUUCGAGCACGACAACACCGUUCCGGACAUUCUAUGCUUGUCCAAGACUUUGGGAUGCGGUCUGCCUUUAGCGUCUGUCAGCACGACCGCCGCGGUUGCGCAAGGAUGCAAAGACGCUGGCUUCCUCUGGCUGACAACGCAUCUCAAUGAUCCCCUCACAGCCGCUGUUGGCAACAAGGUUCUUGAAAUUGUGGAACGCGACAACAUUUGCCAGCGCGCUACCGACCGCGGAGAACAGCUUCGGGCCGGUCUUCUGAAGCUUCAGGAGAAGUACUGGUGCAUCGGCGACGUUCGUGGACGUGGGUUGCUUCAGGGCAUCGAGAUUAUUUCCGAUGCCAAGACGAAAGCACCUGGAUCAGACCUUGGCCAGGCCGUUUCUGAUAGGGCGAUGUUCUUGGGACUGUCGUGUAACGUUGUCAAUCUGCCGGGAAUGGGCGGCGUGUUCCGACUCGCGCCUCCGGUAACUGUGAAUGCGGAGGAGAUUGAGGAGGGUCUGAGGAUAUUGGAUGAGGCCUUUGGCUAUGUCCUAGAGCAACGAGAGAAGAAGAUUCCCGUAGUAUGA